CCAACAUGGCCUCCCAAACUUGCCCGCAAUAAACUCUUCCUCUACUGAACUACCAACUGCCUGCUUAUGCUCCCCCUAACUAUGAGACUCAAACCUUCGUACCAUCUCCGGCCCCUUCGUACCCAGUACCCAGUUUUAUGAAUCCUGGACCAUCCGUAAUCCCAGGAUAAUGUGUGUCUCCUACUAGUUACUACUAUGGCCCUUCAGGGCCAACUACCAACAUGGCUUCCCUAACUUACCCGCAACAAACUCUGCCUCUACUGAACUACCAACUGCCUGCGUAUGCUCCCCCUAACUAUGAGACUCAAACCUUCGUACCACCUCCGGCCCCUUCGUACCCAGUACCCAGUUUUAUGAUUCCUGGACCAUCCGUAAUCCCAGGAUCAUGUGUGUCUCCUACUAGUUAUUACUAUGGCCCUUCAGGGCCAACUACCAACAUGGCCUCCCAGACUUACCCGCAACAAACUCUUCCUCUACUGAACUACCAACUGCCUGCUUAUGCUCCCCCUAACUAUGAGACUCAAACCUUCGUACCACCUCCGGCCCCUUCGUACCCAGUACCCAGUUUUAUGAAUCCUGGACCAUCCGUAAUCCCAGGAUAAUGUGUGUCUCCUACUAGUUACUACUAUGGCCCUUCAGGGCCAACUACCAACAUGGCUUCCCAAACUUACCCGCAACAAACUCUGCCUCUACUGAACUACCAACUGCCUGCUUAUGCUCCCCCUAAUUAUGAGACUCAAACCUUCGUACCACCUCCGGCCCCUUCGUACCCAGUACCCAGUUUUAUGAUUCCUGGACCAUCUGUAAUCCCAGGAUCAUGUGUGUUGUGACGACUUUUCUGUCGUUACCCAAAUAGA